UCAAACUUCAGUUUAUUGUAAUCUGGUUGUGUUUGAGGUUACAGGAAAGUAAAAGUGGAAAGUUCUGAAUGGAAACGUGUUGUUUCACUUACAGGAGCCACUCUGCAGAGCUGACUUCAGGAAACCAGCCUACGUUGUUUUUCUUUUUGAUCCUCAACGUCUCUGUCAGCAUGAACGUUACAGAUAACGUGACAAACUGCACCGACCCUGCAGCCGAGUUCCAGUACCAACUGUUCCCGGCCGUCUACAUCCUGGCUUUGGUAGUAGGGUUACCAGGAAACCUUGUGGCGCUGUUUGUUUUCACUGUCAGGAUCACGCCCCGCACUGCCUUCAGCGUCUACAUCAGAAACCUGGCUCUGGCAGACAUCGUCAUCCUCCUCACGCUGCCCUUUAGGAUCCACUACCACCUCCACGGGAACAAAUGGGUGUUCGGAGAGUCUGCUUGUCUGAUCACAGGGACUCUGUACUUCGCCAACAUCUACUUGAGCAUCUGCUUCAUGACCUGCAUCUGUGUGGACCGCUACAUGGGCGUCGUGCACCCCCACACUUACCUGAAGAUGCGAAGCUCCCGCUGCUCUCUGAUUGUGAGUGGGUUGCUCUGGUGCGUUUGCGGAGUGGCCAUCCUGGUUUUUAUCCUUAUGGGCCCACUGGAAACUGGAGGUGACUCUUCGGGCCCCAACUGCUUUGAAAACUUUGCCAGGAGAGAGUGGGACGAGCGUCUGAGGCCGUACAGCAUCGUGAACCUAGUGGUCUUCUCCCUGCUGCCCUCUGUGGUCAUCCUGGUGUGCUACCCGCUGGCAGCCAGGCGCAUCUCCAUGAUCGAGACUAAAUCCGCCCAAAAAGCUGUGCGAGUCAUUUACACCAUCCUGGCCAUCACAGUGCUCUGCUUCCUGCCCAACCACGUGGUGUACCUGCUGCACCUCCUGCAACGCAUGGAUGUCAUCCAGAGCUGCACCGCGCGGCACGCCAUCUACAUCGCCCGCCGGAUCACCAUGGCGCUCGUCAUCCUAAACACAUGUUUUGACCCAGUGCUGUACUACAUGACCACCAGCCACUUCAGGUGGGAGCGCUUGAAGAGGACCUGGCUGUGGGGGAUCGUCAGCAGGAGCCGGGGGGUUUAUGUCAUUGCUGUGAACCCAGAGAGAGAGCAGCACAAAUUAACUGUAAACACACCUCUGUAAACAACUCACAACUGUAAACACACCUCUGUAAACAACCCACAGCUGUAAACACACCUCUGUAAACAACUCACAGCUGUAAACACACCUCUGUAAACAACCCACAGCUGUAAACACACCUCUGUAAACAACCCACAGCUGUAAACACACCUCUUUAAACUCACAGCUGUAAACACACCUCUGUAAACAACUCAUAACUGUAAACACACCUCUGUAAACAACUCAUAACUGUAAACACACAUCUCUAAACAACACAGAACUGUAAACAAAUCUUUGUAAACAACUCACAGCUGUAAACACCCCUCUGUAAACACGACUCUGUAAACAUGUUUGUUUUCUUUGUAAAAAUGUUUAUUAAUGGAGGCUUUUUGUAAAUAAAAAUAAAAGUCAGAAUUAGGAUCCUAUGUUCAUAAACGAGUCUCUGAGAGUUUUAAUCAGAAGGAUUUUACCAUCAAGACAGGAACUUGUGUGCUUUUGAGGAGAACAAGAUGCUUGCCACUAAGAAACUGUUUAUGU